AUGGAGGCUGGUUACAUGAAUAGAGCAUCCACGAUGAUGAAUCGUCGGAAAACACUCAGCAGACCCGAAAGAUAUCAGGCGUCUGCCCCUAUGUUACCCGGGAAGGAAAAGGAUUCAUUCGAUGCAUGGGUGUUCUUUUCAAAGGUCGUCACAUUUUGGGCGCCUGGCACCAUUCUCUCUUCUGUUGCCGGUCUUCAUGAUGCACAAUCACAGCAAGCUUGGCGUGAAAAAAUAGCUCUAUGCUUUAUUGCUGUUCUUAUGGGUGCUAGUGUUGCCUUUUUGACUGUUGGUUUGUCCUCAGUACUAUGUCCUCCUUCACAAGCAAGUAACCCAAAUCUAUUUAAACGAUACGGCGAUGCACCAGGUUUCAUUGGUAUUCUCGGAUGGCAGUUUGAUGUAACCAAUGCAUCAAGUCCUAAUAAUUUUGAUUUCAAACUCCAAUCAACAUUGCAAAACGGUCAAGAUAUUACAAAUAGCUUUCAACGUAAUUCUAAAGAUAUUAACGCUUGUACAGAUCCGACCAUACAGGACUUUCAAGCUGUCAAACAACAACUUUGCGUACCUUCGACCUCUUGUCCCCUUCAACAAAUUGGCCUCCAGACUUUUAAAACUUAUAAUAUUGUGAACAGCACAAAAAAAGUUGGUUACGACUGGGCCCAAGUUGGCAACUUGACUAAUUAUUUAGUCAUCGACGGGAAUGUACUCAAUCUUAACCCUUACAUGACUGCAAAUCCCAAAUCAAUCCCCGGAGAUCACGUGGACAUGGUGAUUCGCACAGUUCUAGGGACAAAUCACACCAAAGGAGGGAAGGACGCAACACGCUUGUUCUUUGGUCGAGCGGAUUUAAAAUCUUCUGUAAACUGUCUUGUUCAAAAGUACUAUGCUGGAAACAUUGAUAAGCAAACCAUUGGUUGCUUUACCUCACAGCUCUUCUUAUAUGUUUCACUUACUGUUAUCCUGAGUAUUGUUUUAUGUCGUUUCAUGAUGGCUUGUGUAUUCGACUGGUUCAUCUCUCACCGACUUGCACACAAACCAACGAACGAUCAAUCCGGUGGGCAACCUUGGGUUCCUGGAACUAGCACCGUCGCAAAAGGAAUGUCCAUGGACGAGGUGGGCAAUGAUCUAUUCACCGUCUUACUUGUCACUUGCUAUUCCGAAGACGAAGCCGGCAUAAGGUGUACUUGUGAAUCUAUGGCAUCCACCGACUAUCCUGAUGAUCGUAAAUUGUUGUUCCUCAUCUGUGACGGUAUUAUUGUUGGUAGCGGUAACGAGAAAAGCACUCCAGAUAUUUGCGUUGAUCUUAUGGAGCUUGAACCCGAGUUCAAAGAUCCUCAACCUCAAAGCUACAUCGCCGUGGCCUCCGGAUUGAAACAACAUAAUAUGGCUAAGGUUUAUGCUGGCUUCUUCCCAUGGAAAGACCGAAAAAUUCCGAUGAUUUGUGUCGUCAAAUGUGGCACCCCCGCCGAACAAGAAAAACCAAAACCUGGUAACCGAGGAAAACGUGACUCGCAAUUAAUUCUGAUGAAUUUCUUCAGUCGCGUCACAUAUAACGAUCGCAUGUGUGCUUUGGAUUAUGAUUUGUUCAGGAAAGUUCAUCACCUGAUGGGCGUCACUCCUGACUUUUUUGAAAUUGUACUUAUGGUGGAUGCCGAUACAAAAGUUUAUCCCAACUCUCUAAGACUUUUAAUCAAUUGUAUGUGCAAUGAUCCACUUAUCAUGGGUCUUUGCGGCGAGACAAAGAUCGCCAACAAACGUGAUUCCUGGGUUACUGCCAUCCAAGUUUUUGAGUAUUACAUUUCCCAUCAUUUGGGCAAAGGUUUUGAAUCAGUGUUUGGUGGUGUCACCUGUUUGCCCGGUUGUUUCUGUAUGUACCGUCUCAAGGCACGUAAAGGCGAUGAUGACUGGGUGCCAAUUAUCACCAAACCUGAAAUUGUACAUGAAUACUCCCAAAACGUUGUUGACACGCUUCAUCAAAAGAAUCUACUACUUCUUGGAGAAGAUCGUUUCCUAACGACUCUUAUGUUACGAAACUUUCCACACCGUAAAAUGAUGUUUUGCCCACGAGCGAUCUGCAAAACCGUUGUACCCGAUGAUUUUUGGGUCCUGUUAUCUCAACGUCGUCGUUGGAUCAAUUCUACCAUUCACAACCUUAUGGAACUCGUUCUUGUUAGAAACCUUUGUGGCACUUUCUGUUUCUCUAUGCAAUUUGUCGUGUUCAUGGAACUGAUCGGCACCGUUGUACUUCCGGUCGCCAUCAUAUUGACUUAUGUUUUGAUAUACGGAUUACUCCGGAAUCCACCGAAUUCUCUCACGGAAGCUAUCCCGCUAAUGAUGUUGCUUAUGGUUCUUGGUUUGCCGGCUAUAUUGAUUUUGAUUACAACACGAAAAUUGAUCUAUAUCGCAUGGAUGUUUAUAUACCUACUUGCUUUACCCGUAUGGAAUUUCAUUUUACCAACGUAUGCUUAUUGGCAUUUUGACGAUUUCUCAUGGGGUGAAACCAGAAAAGUUGAAGGUGAAGCUAAAGGAGAUGACCACAGCAAAAAGGAGGGAACAUUUGACGCUUCUAAAGUUCCGUUGAAACGUUGGGAAGAUUGGGAACGUUCCCGCCUUAAGAGAGUGAAACGACAAGAACGUCAAAGAGAGCAAAAUGGAAAUAUUCCGAUACAUCUGACACAUCAAGUAAUAACGGGCGAGGAUGACCAAAAUAACGCUUUACUCGCAUCUCACUAUGAUGGUGAAUACUAUGAAACCGCCUCGGUACACUCUCAAACAUCACAACAGCAAUACUAUGAUUAUUCGAAUAACGCAGCAGAAUAUCCACCACAGAAUUAUCACCAACAAUAUAACGAUGUACAAUAUGGAAACACACACGAAUUACAACGUGCACCUUCACCAAGACCAAAUG